CCCGGAGAUGGCGAUGGCGGCCGCGAGCGGCGGGCUCAGCCAAUUGGCUGCCGCGCGCGGAUCGAAGCGGCCAAUGGGCGCCUCGGGGCCGGUUUAAAGUGCGGCGCCGUUGAGCCUGGAGCUGCUUUGACGCGUUUGAGAGUGGUUCGGACUCCGUGGCUCCUGUGCUGUUACUUUCUAAGGGAUUAGGACUGGUCUGGGACUGGUGGUCUUAUCAAUCUGAAGAUGGCAACUCUGAUCUUUGUUGAUCAGGAGAAUAGCGAACUUCAUGCUCCCAAGAGUCAGCUGAAGCUCACUUCGAAAUCUUCAAAAGUCUUAGCUGAAAGAACACAAAUUAACACUCCACUUCCUAAAAAAGGAAUUAGUACUUCUCCAGUCACAUCUAAGUCUGUCAGAAAGGCUCUUGGAAAUGUGAAUAAAACUGAAGGAGUCAUGAACAAGAUGGAUAAGAUAAAACAGAAAAAUCAGCCUUGCACUGUGAACAAAACUGGAUUAGAAAGCUGCCAUACAGUGGCUGAAGAAGAUUGGCCAGAAAUAGAAAAUAUGUUUCCUGUGGAUCCUCAAGACUUUGAGAGUUUUGAUCUUCCUGAAGAACACAAGCUAAGCAAUAUCAAUCUGUGUGGUGUUCCCCUCAUGGUAUUUGAAAGGACAUAUGACAGAUGUGUAAAAAUGGUUCCUUCACCUGUGAAGAUUGAAGAUUGUGAGAUUUCAUGGCAAUCCAACUUGCUACAAUCAACUGUUGACUUCCUUGCUACCCUGGAUGAGAUCAUUGACAUGCCACCUCCAAAUUAUGAUGUUUAAUGUGUGUUCUGAAGUUUCUUUUGAGGUCAAAUUUCAUAUAGUUCUGUAUUUCAAUAAAGGCUAGUUUAACCUACA